AUGGGCCGCAGCCGCCGUCCCAAUCCCGAGAAGAGGAGGGAUGCCGCAGCGGCUAGCACCGAGGGCCAGGUGCACGACUUGGUCUUGCAGAUGAAUAAUCUGCACGACCCUGAGCUGCUUCAGAUGGUCUUCGUGGAGAAGGAUUUCCUCCGAGUUCUUCUCAAUUGGCUGAAGAGGGCUGGUCGCAUCAGGUUCAUCGCCGCCUUGGAGGCGAUGCUGGAGCAGGAGACACCGGAGAUCAAGCGGCUUGCUCUGGGGGUCUUGGAGAACUGGGCGCCGGGAGUUUAUCCCAAGGAGCCCGGCGGUCUCCAG